AUGGGUUUCUCCGGCCAUUUCCGUGGCCUCUCGCCUACUGGCGGUCGGCAUAUCGCGACUGGCCCACGAGCGUCGACUGGCAUGGUCCAUCUGGGCUCCUCUCUUGAUCCAUACGAGGCGCCCCGAAGCCGACACGAUUAUGAUGACCACUAUUACCCCUCGGACGUGGGCUAUACCAGCACAUACCGCCAUCACCCCCGCCACCGGUCCACAAUCGAUGUUCAGCCCGUUUCUACCCAGAAAUACCGUGAACCCGGUCACUCAACAAAGAAGCGAACCGAAUAUGCAAUUCAGCCGCAAACCAGACACCGAAGUCACACCGUAUCCGCAACAGACAUCUAUGAUAUCCCCGGCCGGCCGGCUGUGCCGUCAUCCUCAUCAUCACAUCUUCGCCCGGUCCACGGCUCGGGCCACGACCAUCGCACUCCUAGUCCUCUCCACGCAGAGCCCUCACGCCACAUGAUUCCCACCACCUCUUCUCGUCAUGGCGGUGGUCACCGACGGGUGUAUAGCACUGACUACGCAAGCGACACUGGCCGCCUGGAAAUGCGGGAUUGUGCGAGACACCGACCAGGCGCCCAUCACGGUGCACACCGUGUUCAGCCACCGGCGGGCCGGCGGCGGUAUCCGCCCUACGAUGGGCCCAAGAAGGGAUAUAACAUUGAUAACUACGAUGCCUACUCCUACACUGGGCCAGGCGAGGAAGCCAGACGAGACUUGUCCGGCGACUAUCCCAUUGUACGUCCGCGCCAUCCCUCAGGUCGGUCAUCCAUUGACCGGCCGAUGAGCAUGAAUCUGGCCGAGGAUCACCCUCAAUGGCUGGGGCGCAGCAAGGAACCCCGCUCACACGGGCCGCCCCCUACUUCUUGGGGUCUGGACAAGAUCGAUCGCGACGGCCGGCCUCGAAGCUCUGCUCGAGGUUUCGAUGAGCACCGGGAUACCUCUAGAACAAGGGCACCCGCCGGCCACGAGCGUGCUUUGGUGCCCUUGCCCCAUGAAUCCGACGAUGACUAUUACAGUGAUGUCCACCGCAGAUCGCGUCGCGAGGACCACCGGCGCCAUGUGGAUGAUCGGUCCCCGCGACCACACAAUGGCGGUAACGAUCGGGCGUUGGCUGUAGCCGGGCUUGGUACAGCUGCCCUGGCUAGUGGUUUCCCGGAUGCUUCCGACCACGAACAACCCAGACCUGGGAGACGCCGUCACCGACGCCGCGAGGCCGAGCGCGACUACGACUCCGCCCAGCCCUCCACUAGGGAGGUUGCAGAGAGUGGCCCCUCCAAAUCGGAGCGAGGCAAGCAUCUAUACCUAGAGCCCGGUGAUGCCCACCGUCGACGUACGUAUUCGCGGAGACGAAACACCCGACGCUCGGAGAGUGACUCGGAGGUCUAUACGGACGAUGAAGACCUCCACAAGUACAGGCGUGAACCUGCCGCAGCACCACAUCGGAGCAGACAUAGCAGUACCGAUACCAGCAGUGCGGAAGACCGCUCGGCUAGACGUCCCCCACGAGACUGGUCGCACCAUCGGUCUCGCUCACGGCGGGCCCCUGAAGAUGGACGGUCCUCGGAGGUGCGAAGCCCUCCGUCCAUUGACCAUCGAGAGGAAGUUCGCAAGCCGGUUACUGUUGAACCCCCUGCCACAAUAGAGCCUGAGCAGCCCGCGCCCAAGGGCAUUCUCAAGCCCCCUAAGAAGGCGUUCCCUGAAGAGCCCAACCCAAUAAGAGAAGGCGUGGCUCCGUUGAAGGAUGCUAACAAAAACGGAAUUCCACCGACGGCUCGAUGGACCAAGAUCGACCGACGUCUCGUUAAUCCCGCUGCACUGGAAGCGGGCAACGAGCGAUACGAGGAGCGACCGGACUUCGUAAUCGUGCUGCGGGUUCUGACCAAGGAGGAGAUCCAGGCGUAUGCUCUGAAGACACAGGAGAUUCGAGAUGCCCGUCGCGAUGAGUACGUUCGCGACAAGCGCCAGCGCAGAGAGGAAGACCAGCGCCAUGGUCGCCGUGGCCAGGAAUCUUCCAGCGAUGACGAGAACGAGAGCUCGGACGAGCCGAUGAAGAUCGAGGCACCCCCAGUUCCCGAUGCGAACAUGUCUCUGCCGAUGCGGUCUCGUCCUGCAAGUCACUCGCCACCGCUACCCGAGCGCCCACCCGCCGUCCAGGCGUAG